AUGAUUUUUUAUAUUUUAUUAUGUCUAGCAAGUGAAGUCUUCGGAGAUGGUGUCAAAUAUAUCAAAAAAGGCCUGAUGCUUAAAUGAAAAUUUUUGCCAGAGGAAGAAAUUCAAUUCCAAUUAUAUAUCCCUCAAGUAAUUGCUGAUGAUCUAGGGUGGGCUGGAAUCGGCUUUAAAUACCCUGAAGAUGAUAGAUACAUGACAAAUGCUGAUAUGGUGAAUAUUAUUUUUGGAGAAUCUAUUUAUGAUUGUAUAGCCCUGUCUAACGGAAGCCUUACAUUGGGAGAAAUGGUGUCGUCGACAGAAGAUGGACUCUGAGACGCACUCCCUAUGGAAUAGGUGGACCCGUCGCGAUGAAGCUGAAAAUAGUGCCUCUGUAACUUUUUAAGCAGGCCUUCGGUUUAGGGAUUCCUGGUGAAGAGGGAUGUUUAGUUUCUCCCCGAAGGUUUUCCUACCAGAUGGGCUAGAAGGUUUUGCCUCUAAUUUAGCCUUUUCCUAUCGGGACUAACUGGGCACCCGCAAGAGAUGGCUCUAACCUAAGAAGCUAAUCAUUGGGUUAAAUGGGAUUAGCCAGAUAGGCACUUUAGUGGUCUAUCCUCUUAUGACCCUAUAAUUUUAACUUAACUUACAUUGGAUACUGAUGUAAAUGGGACAAAUGAUUUGGUAGUAGAUCCUACUAUUUAUGAUGAUAUUCACGUUAUUUUUACGUGGAGACGCAAACUCAUCACAGAUGAUCCUAAUGAUAUUAUUUUUAUCAAAGGUAAUGAGUAUAAUCUUUUGUGGGCAAUCGGCAUAAUGAAAAAUGGAAACCAACUCAAGCAUUUUAAAUCAGGUCGUGGAUUUGAAUCGAUUGUGCUUUCUGAUGAUUAUUUUGAUAAUUCAGUGAUAGGUGUAGAAAAUGACUCUUUCCUCUCUGAUGAUUAA